GCAAAUAAGAAAUCACCGAAAUCCAAAUUUUAGCUUUUUUUCAUUCUUCAUUUCUAUCGGUUUUUCUUCAUGAUUCCACGAUCAAAAGAUUUCCAACGCCGGAUCAUGUCGUCUCCGGCAAUACGACCAUGCGAAUGCACGCCUCCCGCCACGUUACUCACGUCUUUGAUCAAUCUCACUCGAACAAUUUGUAGUUACCGCUACAAAUUCUUUGGCAGCAACAAGAAAAACGCGAUUAAAUCAAUUCGUCAAAUUGGAAUCCUUCUCUCAUUCUUUGAAGAGCUUCAAGAUCGAAGCUCCGAUGAAUUUUCUGAUUUGAUUGUUUUAGUAAUGUCGGAGCUUCAUUUAAUCUUCCAGAAGAUUUUGUAUCUGUUGGAGGAUUGUGCCCUAGAAGGUGCUCGUUUGUUUAUGCUCAUGAAAUCGGAACUCAUUGCGAAUCGGUUUCGGCUUUUGGUCCGAUCUGUUGCUUUGGCUUUGGAGAUUUUUCCGUUGGAUUCGAUGGGUGUCUCUGUUGAUGUUGUGGAAUAUGUGGAAUUGGUGAUUAAGCAAACGCGAAGGGCGAAAUUCGGAAUUGAGGGUGAAGAUGAAGAGAUUCUCAACGAGGUAAAAUCGAUUCUUACGUUAUUUGAUAACCGUAUUGUUCCGAAUAGUAGUAAAAUCAAAUGCGUUCUUGAUUAUAUUGGGGUUAAAUCAUGGAGUUUGUGUAAUAAGGAAGUGAAAUUUUUGGAUUCAGAAAUUGAAUUUGAAUGGUCGAAUCAGGAUGAAACAGAGGUUUCGUUCUUAAGCAACUUAAUGGGUUUGAUGAACUACUGUCGAUGUAUGUUAUUCGAUGUUGUCGAUAGCGAAGCGGAUGGACAUGUCGAUGAAUGUAGAAUCGAAAACAUGGAAUGUUUAAACCCGGAUGAUUUUCGAUGCCCAAUUUCAUUGGAUUUCAUGUUUGAUCCUGUGACACUCGUAACAGGGCAAACUUAUGAGCGUUCUUCCAUUCAAAAAUGGUUUCGGACUGCAAAUUUGACCUGUCCCAAUACAGGGGAGAGGUUGAAGAACAGAGAAGUCGUCCCGAAUUUAGCUCUCCGUCGGAUAAUUCGACAAUACUGUUCUAAAAAUUCAAUUCCUUUUCCAGAAUCAAGCAAACAAAAACCCGAUUUAACAAGGACGAUUGCUCCGGGUUCUCCCAUUGUUAAGAAUAUCAUUAUAUUUCUGGCAGAUUUUUUAGCUAACUUUCUGGAAUCAGGAACGUUAGAAGAGAAGAACAGAGCUGCUUUUGAGAUCAAGCUUCUAUCAAAAGCAAGUCUUUUUUAUCGUUGCUGUUUGGUAAAAAUUGGUCUAAUUCCAAAUUUACUCCAGCUUUUGAGAUCUGAAGAUAAUUUAACACAGAAGAAUGCCAUUGCAGCUGUGCUGAAUCUUUCAAAGCAUUCCAAAAGCAAGAAAAUUAUAGCGGAAAACAGAGGAUUAGAAGCAAUUGUACAUGUUUUAAUGACGGGCUACAAAGUAGAAUCCCGUCAAUUUGCUGCUGGUACUCUUUUCUACAUGGCUUCCAUUGAAGAAUACCGAAAACUCAUUGCCGAAAUCCCAAACACGCUUCCGGGUUUGUUGAAUUUACUCAAAGACAAUGCAGAUCGUAGUAAAAAGAAUGCAAUGGUUGCAAUUUAUGGGCUUCUUAUGCAUUCUGACAACCACAGGAAAGUGCUUUCCUCUGGAGCAGUUCCAUUGUUGGUGAAUUUGAUUGAAACUUGUGAAUCUGAAAUUCUGAUAUCAGAUUCAAUGGAGAUUCUUGCAUCUCUAGCCGGAAAACCAGAAGGAACCGCAGCAAUUUUGCGAAGUGGAGCAUUGAAUUCAAUCAUGAAGUUUUUAAAUUCAUGUAGCUCAAUUACUGGACGAGAGUACUCGGUUUCUUUACUGGUAGCUCUGUGCCUUAAUGGGGGAUCUGAGGUAAUUGGUGUUAUUGCAAAGAAUCAAACUGUGAUUUCGUCGGUUUAUAGUGUUGUAAGUGAAGGAACAAGUCGAGGGAAGAAGAAGGCCAAUUCUUUGAUUAGAGUUCUUCAUGAAUUCACUGAGUUAGAGUCAUCAAACUCCGAGGCGACUCAUCGUCUUCAAGAUCGAAUUGUUCAAGCUUGGUAAAUUUAGGAAUCGUUUUUAGUUUGAUUUGUUUUUGGGUAAAUAGGAAGGAUGUGAAUAAGUGUUCCGUUUUUGGUUUUUUCUUCUUUUCAGUUUUAAUUAUUUUUGGUAUUAGCUCGGAUUUUUGGGAGCUAAUAACAGAGCAGAAUAUUAAGCUUCAUUCUUUAUUUUUUCCAAGUAUCAAUGAAGCUUUUUAAUUUGUACAUAAAAGAAUAUGUGUAUUUGUUGUUAUUCUUUAUUCAAUUUAAUGGCAACAAAAGUAUUUCAAAUGUAA